AUGCACUUCCACCUCCACGCCCCACAGCCCAGCUGCGCACGUACUCAGCGGUCCCUGAGCACGACGUACUGCGCGUGCGCUACGGCCAGUGCGGCGGCAGCACGCCCCACACGCGGCCGCGCAGCAGGCUGCUCGCGCCCGCGCGCACCACCUCGCCGCACACGUCGCGCCCCACCACCAGCGGGAAAUGCACUUCCACCUCCACGCCCCACAGCCCAGCUGCGCACGUACUCAGCGGUCCCUGAGCACGACGUACUGCGCGUGCGCUACGGCCAGUGCGGCGGCAGCACGCCCCACACGCGGCCGCGCAGCCGGCUGCUCGCGCCCGCGCGCACCACCUCGCCGCACACGUCGCGCCCCACCACCAGCGGGAAAUGCACUUCCACCUCCACGCCCCACAGCCCAGCUGCGCACGUACUCAGCGGUCCCUGA